CACAAUCUCUCUUUUCAAUCACUUCUAUAUGCUCUGAGGGGAAAGUGUUCUCGCUCUCUAAGUCUAUAUGAGCGUCUGUGGUACAAGCACUGGCUGGGCUCAGAGAGAGAGAGAGAGAGGGGGCAUGCUCACAGCACAGGAAAAGAGGGAAGAGAAGAGAGACAGUCACAGAAGUGAAGAGACGUGACAGAGAGGAGAGACGCGUACUGCCUCUCAGGAAAAGCAAGGCACAGUACAAGGGAGCAGUGUACUGAGAUGGAUCCCAUCCUGGAGGAGGUCCUGAGUGGGGCCAACACUACUGGAGGCCCCUCCCUGAACCACAGCAACAACCCCCUGGAUGUGUUCUCUGGCAUGCAACUGCUGCUGCGCUUCAAGCCCCUCUUCCUGCCCCUCUACUGCCUUCUGGUGGCCGUGGCCGGCAUAGGCAACUCCAUCCUGCUGGCCUGUAUCCUGGCUGACAAGAAGCUCCACAAUGCCACCAACUUCUUCAUUGGUAACUUGGCGGCCGGCGACCUGUUGAUGUGUCUGACCUGUGUCCCUCUAACUGCCUCGUACGCUUUCGACAGCCGCGGCUGGGCCUUCGGACGCCCUCUCUGCCACCUUGUGCCGCUGCUGCAGGCCGCCACCGUCUUCGCCUCGGUGCUGUCCCUCACGGCCAUCGCUGUGGACCGCUACGUGGUGGUGGCCCACCCAGUGAGGAGGAGGAUCUCUGUAGGGGGCUGUGGCGCGGUGGCUCUGGGUGUGUGGGGGUUGUCUCUGGCCCUGGCUGCCCCUCCCUCCCUCCACACGCGUUACCUUGACCUGAGGCCGCGCGGGGUGGAGCUGGUGGUGUGUGAGGAGUUCUGGCCGAGCUCUGGCCAGCUCAGGCUGCUCUACUCCUGCUGUAUCCUGGUAGCUUCCUACAUGAUCCCUCUGCUGUCAGUCAGCGUGUCCUACUGUGCCAUCACCGUGCACCUGAGACGCCACACGCUGCCCGGAGAGCCCUCACACUGCCAGCAGCGCUGGAGCCAGAGGAGGAGGAAAACCUUCUCUCUCCUGGUGGCCUCUGUGCUUGCCUUUGCCCUCUGCUGGCUGCCCCUGCAGGUGCUGAACCUGCUGCUGGACCUGGACCCAGACUACCACAUCGUGGACAAGCGCUAUGUCAAUGUGCUGCAGGUGUGCUGCCACCUGGUGGCCAUGAGCUCCGCCUGCUACAACCCCUUCAUCUACGCUUCCCUGCACAGUAAGGUCUGGCUGCACCUCAAGGGCUACCUGUGCCCUUACUGCCGCCAGGGGCCCCCAGGGGGCCAGCUACUCUCCCGCUCCACCUCCCGGAACCCGGCCACCUGCCUCAGCCUGCUCUCUGAGGUCUCCGCCACCGCCAAAGAGACCCCAGGAGCGGUCGGUUCUGAGUCCGACCCCACCAACGACAGCACCCUCUGAAAGCAUCAGGAACCACAGUAUGGUUUAUAGGUAGGGGUCAAAGGUCAUUACAUAUAUCUCAUAGACGCAGGUGUCCAGUGGGUGUUCAGCCAGAUACCCGCUGUAGGAGCAGGGAGGAGGGGGAGAAUGAGGAGAGACAGUGUGACAGAGGUUUUAGACUGCUCUGGAGACCGUCAACCCUUUGGAUCGUUCGUUCUAUUUGCCUUGGGUGUCACUACAUAAGCCCUACUGCCAAAGACGAUGAGCAGGUCUCCCAGCUAUUGCGAGGCAGAGAGUGUAAACACUGUCACGACCGUGGGCUGGGAUGCAGGUCUGGCAGCGGCAGAGGGGGAGAUGACCCUUCUCUGAACUCCUCACUCUCCAAAUGGAUUACACACUAAACGGAGGAGGACGGCAGAGCAAAAACAGUCUGCAAAGACAGCUCGCUCGUUUCUGUUGUUCCCUCAUUCUACUAUGCUUUUGCCUGAUUUUGAAAUCUUUCAUAAUUUCUCUCUCUCUUUUUAAUCUCUCUUUCCGAUUUAUUUCAAUGUAUGUAGCUAUAGUUUUAUUUUGAUUCCUCUCUCUUUUUCUCUGCCCCCCCUUUCACUAUCUGUCCCCCUUCUCUUUCUUUUCGCCUGGGCCAUACGGCCCAGCCCAGUGCCCAGCCCAGGUAGGUGUGUUGGAGUAUCUUUGAACAGGUGUAGAUCCCUGCAGUUGUCCUCUGCAGUCUCAAACCCAAUCACCUCCCUGGAACGCAAUUAACCCAAAGCGACGUUUCAUCUGUUCAGUUACCAACAGUGACAAUAUGGCUGCCAUAUUAACUGACAGGAACAGCACCCAGUCUGCCAAAUGUACCUCACAAUUGGAUUAGUUCCUUAUCUGAUGCUGGGUAGCGCAGCUAGAACACAAAGGACUUUUUUUGUCAUUGUUUCACCACUUGCUGAACCCAGAGACACUGGCUUUGAGCCAAAUCAAAUGGAUUCAUUCCCAGACGCCCUCUCAGGUGGUGUCUGUGACUUGGGUGUUAUGCUCUGUUAAAAAGGUUAGAAUGUUUUCAAAGUGAAUUUCUCCCCCCCCCCCCC